UUGUCUCUACUUCCAGCUUGUGUAUCUCAAGUUUUUCAUGGUGAACCUCAUACAUGCUUUUGGACAAGAGUUUGCCACAUGUUGCUCCAUCAGUGGCAGAAAGCGUUCUACCCAACGAAAAUUUGGGAAAAAGUUAGAGCCGGUCUAAGAGACGAGAAUUAACAUUAAAGUCAAUGGGGAAACAAUUAGUGAUCUGUGGCCUGAUGACUGGCCGGGGAGUUUUCCCAGAGAACGGUAAACUUCUCUCCGUGAGCCGUGAUUGAGUGGAAUGUUAAAUUUAGACCAGAAAAUGUUGAUAUUUCUGCAAAAAGCAGGAUGGUAAAAGUUUAUGAAUGUUUCUGUAGAAUUAAUAACUAUAGAGACAAAGUACUAAAGUUCAUUGUAACAUGAAUUGAAAUAGUGUUUAAAGGUCCUACUUACGCAGUGACUAUGGCGUGAGGGAAAUUUCUCCAAGACAGCUGUGCUACAUUUAUUUGAAAUUCCAACCGUCACGGGUUCUUUAAAGUGCAGUCAACAUGUAGGCCUACACGGGAUCUUGGUUAACUAUCCCAUACAAGCAACUAGACACUGUUCCUUUCUAUAGGCCUUCUAUCCUACACCCCUAUAACUGAAAUUGCCCCACACCCACCCUUACGCCUAUAUGCACCCACACUCGAACAGACGUUACCGUGUUUCAAAGCAUUGAUCAAUUUAGUUCCUUUCGGAACGGUGUCUACGGACAAAGUCCUCAAAAAUAGACUCAGAACAGAGAAGGGGAGGAUAAAAGAGCAGUAUUUUCAUACUGCAGAGGGCAGGAACGAUCAUAGGUCUUCCUCGUUCCGAAAUGAAUUACGAACAAGGAAACUGCUAAUCUCUGCUCAGCCAAUACAGAUAUGCUCAGACCAGUGAGACAUUCAUCGCAAAACAUCUACACCAAGUUUGAACAAUCUAUCUCAAUUAAAAGUAGAGUUAUUGUGUUUAAAGGGCGUGGAGAGCAGAAAGGCGAAGGUCAAAAGCAGGGAAGUAACAACACGCGAUGUGUGAUAUUAAUUGUCAUAUUUCCUUUUAGAAACCAUGUAUUACAUAGUAAUAAAACAUAUACAAGAAACAAAGAGGAUGUCAUUUGAUAGAAUUUAAUUCGAAGUCAUUACCACGUUAGCGAAUAAUUAUAUCUUGUCUGGUAUGAAGAUCGGACAAUAUUACUAACAGUUAAAAUAACCAACUAUAUUUAUAAUAAGCCAUGGAUGUAUUAAAAGUACUGUACAAAGUAUGUGUCUUCUAUGUUUCUAUGCACAUUUCUUUUAAUACCGCUGGUGACAAUGAAUUGUUUGGAGUUCAAGUCCAUCACCCCGGGAAAAUAUGCGGUGACGAAAUGUGUACAUGCCAGGGAAACUAUGCCCUUUGCUUAAAUCGUGGUCGCCGUCUGACUUUUGUUCCAGAUUUCAAACUAGAUAUUACGAACCUGAAUUACACUGGUAAUUACCUACCAAAGAUAACGGACAACACUUUCAACAACUUAACUGAUUUGAAACUGGUCCGUCUUGGACUAAAGUCAAAUUCCAUUAUGUCUUGUGAACCCAGAUCAUUCAGUUCUCUGCUACAUCUGCGCACGCUGAUUAUAUGCCAUGAAGGGUUAAAUACAUUCUCUUUGAUGAACUGUUUGUCUAGUGUUACAAAACAAUUAACGGGUAUCAUAUUAAUAAAUCUCCCUCUGGUAGAUUUAUAUUCAUUACAUUUUUCUAAAUGUAUGGCUAAGUCUAAUCUUAAUUUUUUUAAAAUCCAAGAGAUGAACAUUAUAGUGUACAAUCACAGCAUUGUUUCUUCUUUCAAAAAAUUACAGUCUGUAACCAUCGUGCGCUGUAAAGUGACAACGGUAAAACUACAAUAUUCAGCUUCCAUAGAAAACUUUAGGCUGAUUGAUAAUAGGCUGACACAAUUUCCGGAUAUUUGUGUUAACGGAUCAGCGAUGUUCCCAAAACUCACUGAUUUAAAUUUAGACAACAAUUAUAUAAACAAUCUUCGCCCAGGGCAAUUAAGUUGCAUGAAAGCCUUGAUCAAGUUUUCUAUAAAUGAAAAUCCACUAAUUAUCAUAGAGAGUAAUAUUAUCUCAAGCCUACCGAAUAUUCAGUAUAUGUCUAUUGGCUUUAUAUACAGUACUGGACAACUGCGUGUUAAACCACAUGCUUUCAGCAGCCACAGUCUUCGGCAUCUUUCUUUCCGAAACAACAAAAUUAGAUUUGAUAAUAAGAGUUUGAGCUUGGGUGCAUUUAACCAUUGUACCAAUUUGAGGACUUUGAUUAUAUCAUCAAAUUAUUUUACAAAUACCACCGAAGAAAUGUUUGAGGAGCUAUUUAAAUCGCUAACCAAGAUAAAGAAAUUAUCUCUAACGAAUAACCGGUUACGAUUCAUUCCUAAAAUUAUUCCAAAACAAAUGAAGAAAUUAAAUGUAAUUUACCUCGCUUAUAAUGAAAUUACUCAAAUACCGGAUGGGUUCUUUGAUAACUUAAAAUCCUUAAAAAAUCUGGACAUGAGUGGUAACCAUAUAUCUCGCAUAAGCAAAAUCACAUUCUCUGAGCAAAUACUCAAAAAUAUGCAAUGGUUGGAUUUAUCAAAUAAUCCGUAUUCAUGUUCGUGUGACUUACUAUGGUUUAUUAGAUUUCUUCGCGUGAAAAAUAACUCACGUAUUUUUCGACAUUUUCCUUCGCGGUACAAAUGCAACGCUCCAGACAAAGAACAACAUAAAUAUGAAAUCACAAAAUCGUUUAUUUCUGAACGUAUAUGUACAUUGUCAAGUCAGAUUUCUUUGGGCAUUAUUUAUGUUUCGGUGACAUUUCUUCUAUUGUUAUUAACCAUUUCGAUCGUGUAUCGUUAUCGUUGGUGUUUACGUUAUCUAAUAUAUAUGGCACGAUUUCACCAAAUUCGAUUCCGAAGAUUACUAAACGAAGGGAUAAAUUAUCAAUACGAUGUUUAUCUUAGUUGUUCAGAUGGCGAUUUUGAUGAUUUUAUCUUCGAUGAAAUUGUAAAUAAAUUAGAGAAAGAUAUGGGUCUCCGUCUUUAUAUUCCGCAAAGAGAUGGACAGGGCAAUAAAAUUGAACAGAUAAUUAUAAACAUGGAUAGAAGCCGCAAGGCCUUGUUAUGUAUAUCUGAUAGAUAUGCUGAAGAUGGGUUUUGCGAGUUUGAAGCAGGGUUAGCCUAUGAGAAGUACAUCAUUGAAAAACGCGACUUAAUGAUAGUAGUUGUUUUAAAGGAGCUCGCUCCCCGGAACGUAACAAAAACCAUACAUAAAAUACUAGCUGUUAAUAAUUAUAUUAAAUGGGAUGAAGAAAAUUUGGAAUUGUUUUGGGAAAAGAUAAACACGACUAUUAAUAGAGUUGAUGAUUUGGUGCCUUAAACGAUAUAAAUGUCAUUGGUUUUCAACAAUAUCAUAAUCUCCCUUUUUUGGCAGUAGCCUACUCCGCGAAAGCCUUGGCUUAAGCCUAGCUUAUGUCGCCUCACGACACGACAAAACUGACGGCGACUCGAAAUCGACGACUGGUUUAUGAUAAGUGGAACUGAUCAGUCGUGACUGGUGUAAUUAAGUCGGACGGCUUCUCGGAGUCGCACAUGUUCUACUCCGGUAGACAAUUAGUUGUCCCAUUCGCAAGCGACAUGGGUGCGCAUACGACUACUUUGAGUCUGCGCCUCACUGCGAUUCGGUUAUUUAGUCACGUGCGACCCAGGGGCGGCGGUAACAAACAUGGCGAAUAUUUUAAAGGUUAUAUCACGCGGAUCUGAUCAGCAAUAUGUUUCACAGAGUAUUACGAAACUCUUCUAAUUUCUCUGUAAAAGAUAUGACUGCCUUCACAAACUAGGUCAUUUCGGGACUAACAUAUGGUUUAAUUUUAUUUCAAUAAUUCGCUUGCGCGUAGGGGUCUUUAGCAGUGGGAGGAAACCGGAGGACCCGGAGAAAACCCACGAGGUUGGACAGGCGACCCUACUCCUUACAACCGGGAAUUCGAAACCAUGCCAGUUGACUUAAUGACAGGCCUUAUGAUACAGCGCGCACGUUCGGCCAUCCAACCCCCAAGAGUCAACGUAUUAUCAAGUAGUGAAAACAACCGUAACGGUGCACAAAAUUUAAAGUCUGUUAUCAUGGACCUUAUAAUACGGUCCAUGCUGUUAUGUUUAUGAAUUCCAAACUAUACUAUAUCAAGUAAUCUCGUCAAUUAUGUUUGUAUUGUAUGCUGCCUUCAAUGGAUGAUUUGGUACAAGACCGACUUACUUUGGGUCAAUGAACAAGGUAGAUGCUAAUAAUUGUAGGCCGGUUGGGGAGGUUUGGGUCUAUUCCGGAUUUCAAAAUGGCCGCUUUAUAUAAAUGAGUAUUUUGGGGAAUACUAACCCUAAUCCUUAUCCUUUUAGUCUUCUAAAAAGGGUUAGGGUUCGGGUUAGUAUUCCCCCAAAUUCUCAUUUAUAUAAAGCGGCCAAAUUGGACUCCGGAAACACCCGAAUCUCCCGAACUGGCAUCUAUCUCCCAAGUCGGGUGAACAAUGAUCAGAAUAUACAUUGUUUAAUAUGCUGGUUAUAUCACAGUGAAUAUACAUGAUUUCUAUGGUAUUGCUGAUUACACUAUUUUGCCUAUACCGAUUUUUUUAGGACUUCGAAUUUUGUCAAAUGGUUAGAUUGUUCGUACUUGGUUUUAUUUUAUUAUUAUAUUGUAAAUAGUGUACAUAAUUUUUUUGUCUAUUUACGAACGGAUUUACAUGUUAAAAUUUUGGGGAGAGGAAUUAGGCCUAUAUAGGCUUUGCCUGUUUCCCAAUCCUCAAUAAUUGUGUAUCCAUAAAAAUUGUAGACUGUGUUAAGUUGUGUUUAUAUUAAUAAAGUUUAUUA